UUUUAUUAGGUGGUAUGGUAACCCUAACUUCACAAUAGGGCCUUCACAACAAUGUCAUCAAAGUGCUAAGAGAUCCUUGCAGUACUGUAUAUUGUAAGAUUACAAAUAAGAUAUCUAGCGUUUUCCAUGCAUCUCCCAGUUAUAUUAUCACACACGGUUUUGUAUAUUUCGUGCGAUAUUUUUUCUCAAAUGUUUGUAAAAUUUCAUUUAUUAUUUCGAAUUCUAUUGAUAUAAUCAUAAAAUCAUUGUAAAUAUAAGAUUCGACAAACUUAAAAUUGAAGUAUAGGAAAAUAAGUUAAAGCGCAGUUGAUUCAUGCCCCGACUUGUCCGUGAUGCCGGCCGUUAGGUCGCUUCGUAGAGUUUACUUUUGUUUUAUUUAUCAUCAAACUUAUUACACCACACGGUGUCACACGUUUUGUAACUUGAAAAGUUACUAUCAAUUGUUUUUUAUCAUGCCAACCAGAUGUAUCAUUUUUGUUAGGUUAGACUAUAGAAACUUACCUAAUGGUACCUUACUUUACUUUUGUUUAUCAUUACCGUUUUAUUAUUUGAGGAUAUUUUUCAAUGUUUAGUUAGCAAGCAAGUGUUUAAACUAUGGCAAAAAAAAAUUAAAUUAGGAUAUUUGAGUCAGUAAUUUUAUACUGAAUCGGGUCAACGGCAGCAAGAAACUAAAAUGUAAUUUACAUUAUGUAAAUGUGGAAAGAAUUAUCAAUGAAGGCUCUGUUUCAAAUCAUAUAAUAACUAUAGCUCUGUUCAUAAUGUAGUUUGUAACACUUGCAAGCUAGCCUCGAUAACAUUUGAAGCCUAGCCUCGAGCACUGCAUGUCACUGUCGUCGUCGCGACUUCGGGGUUGUAGAUCAGUCGUGCGCCAGGAACCUCCGAGGUCUGCGGCGUCGGCCCUCCCCCCCUCCCCCUGACGAGCGGUCGAUGUUGCAGACGUCGGAGUGUUACCUGUUCCCGCGGUUCGACGCGCUCGAGGCCGGCGCCACGCCCAACUACGCCGAGAUACACGCCUACCUGCGCGACGGCAUCGCGCUCGACUACGUGGACGACUACCGCCGCCACGUGCCCGCCAGCCUGCCGCCGCCCGCCGCCAGCCCCGAGCCCGGCCCCGCGGCCGGCCCCGCCCGCUCCGCCUCGCUGUCCGCCGACAGCAUCGACGGCUCGCGCGCCUCCCCCGAGCCCGACGUCACGCCCCAGCUCUCCAACUGCGUGCCCCUCCGGCCGCAGUGCCCGCCCUUCCAGCCCCGCGACCCGCCGCGCGCGCCCACCCCCGCCCCACUAUCGUCUCCGCCCUGUGACUCCCCGCGUGCGUCCUGCGACGCCCUGGCGACUUCUCGUGAGCCCGACGACGCUUCUCGUGCGCCUAGCGAGGCCCCGCGCGCUCGGAGCGACGCCGCUCGUCCUCCGAACGUCACCCCUCGCCCGCGUUUGGACGCUCCGCGUGCACCGCGCGCCGAGCCGCAGGCGCCCCGGGACGCCGCGCCCCGGCCGCGGCCGCCGCCGCCCGGGGUCCCGCCGCUCGUGCACGCGUACUCGCAGAUGCUGCCGAUGCCGGGCUACGCCGGCUUCCCGCCGUUCCCGGGCGCCGUGCCGCUCUACCCACCCGUGUACUCGCCGCCCUCGCCGAUGCUCUUCCCGCAUCCCCCGUACCCGGGGUUCUGUCCGCCGCACUACCCCGGCGGCCCGUUUCCCGGCUCGACGCCGGCCCCGCUUCCCGGCCCGUCGCCCCCGCGACGUCCGGAUUCCGGGGCGACCGCCCGGCGCCCGGGCCCCGCGGCGGCUCCCCCGCCACCCGCUCCCCUCGCGGGCCCCUCCCGUCCCGGUCCGUCGGCUCCCGACUCUUGUCCCGAUGUGUCGACGCGCUCGUCCGGCGCGCCGCCCGAGUCCCGCCCGCGCGGCGACCCGCCGGCGCCUCCCCCGAGCUCGCGGCCGCCCCCCGAGGCCCCGGCGCCGACGCCCCCGGGCUGGGCGCGGCCGCGGUCGCCGCCGCCGCCGUACAGCGGCGCGGAGGGCCCGGCGCGCGUGGGGCCCGACGCCGGCGACGUGCGGCUGUCGGUGUCGGAGUGCGAGAUCUUCCGGCUGCUGAGCGGCGUGGACUCCAACGCGGCGCACUGGUACAUGGUGGACGCCAUCGCGCGCGCCAUGCGCACGACCACGACGCCGGCGUCCGCGCUGAACCCGGCGGCGCCGGAGUACCGGCCCCCCCAGCCCCCGCAGGCCCCCCAGCCCCCCCAGGCGCCGCUGCCCCCGCGCCCGCGCGUGCCGCUGCCCGCCGGCAUGCGCCCGCCGCCCGGCUUCGGCUUCUAA